AUGUCAUCACCAAAAAAGAAAAGUUCUGAAAAAAAAUUGAAGGACGAAGAUAUAAAGACUAAAAAGAAGCACAUAAUUAAAAAAGAUCAAAAAAUAGAAGAAAGAAAAUUUGGUGAAUCAUUAUCAACGUGUUCGGACGUGGAAUGGGAUAAAGCUGAUCCAGCUUAUGCAUCUGAACUUAUCAAUGUGAAGAAGAAAGCUAAUAAAGUGACAGUUUUUGCUGGACCUGGUGCGAAAACAAUUGAACGAACAAUCAUUCGAACCGAUACACUUUCUGAAAGUCUUGGUAUGAACUAG